AUCCCAACGGUAUACUUGUACUUCCCAGUUAAGGGUUGAACAAGUGUUUCACGUGACUCACAUGCUAGGAGCGUGACUUCCGCAAACAGGAACUGAUCAGUAGACAGUGAUGGCAGGAUUAUUUUGGUAAUUUCUAUGUGUUAAUCUUUUAAAAUAAAUCCAGAAGAAAAAUGGAUGAGGACGGGUUACCUAUUAUGGGAUCAGGGAUAGAUCUCACUAAGGUCCCAGCUAUACAGCAGAAAAGAACAGUUGCAUUUCUGAACCAGUUCAUAGUACAUACGGUGCAGUUUUUGAACCGUUUUUCAACAGUUUGUGAAGAGAAACUAGCAGUACUUUUACUUCGUAUCCAGCAAAUAGAAACUUCACUCAGUAUUCUAGAAGCAAAGCUGUCUUCUAUACCUGGUCUUGAAGAUGUGAAGGUUGACGCAGCACAACCAAAGCAAAAUGGUGUUGUAAAUGGACCAGUGUUAGGAGUCGACACAGAACAGAGUUCUUCAGCGGUUCAGCAAAAUGGCGCAAGUGAUGUGGAGCAACAGAAGAAUGAUUCACCUCCAGAAAAUCUGGUAACCAUAGCAAAAGAUCCAAGAUAUGCCAGAUAUCUUAAAAUGGUACAAGUGGGAGUUCCAGUUAUGGCAAUAAGAAAUAAAAUGAUUUUAGAAGGACUGGAUCCCGACCUACUAGAAACACCAAAUGCUCCAGUUCCAGAUGGAGGACACAAGACUAAAGAUGAAGAAAGUAACAGUUCUGACAGUGAAUCAUCAUUCAGUGACUGAUUACAGCACACUCCAGUUUGGUACUGCCAAAAUGUCAGAGCUGUGUGCAAGACCUUUAGUAUCGUAUACUUGGUAGCAUAAACUAAAAAUUUUGAGGAUGGAAAUGGACCAACUUUGAAGACUUUUAUGAAUUGUGAAAAGUGAUGGUGUUUGAAACUUCCAGGCUUGUGAUCUUUGGGGUGCCUAAGUAAAUGGUUGUGACUAAGUUAGACUGGGCUGUUUCUCAGACAGAUGUGUCUGAAAGGAUUUAGUUUCGUAUUUUCCUCAAAGACCAUAAACCAUUUGUCUUAACUUCAUGCUCAAGUACAUUUGCAGGAAUGUAGCUGAAGAUCACAGGCAGGCCACACCCAGAGUUGUGCUUACGAACUAUAAAUAUUGUUUCAGUGGUUGAGAUUGCUAAGGUUAUUUGCUCAACCACGUCUUUGUUAAUGAAGUACAUUUAGCAGAACUGUAAGCUUUAAGACAUCAGUUAUACAGAUUACUAAUAUUUUGAUAAACAUUUUUCUAUUAUUUACAUUCAUUUGCAAAAAGAUUGAACUAAUGUUAUGCUAAAUGAAUAAUUAAGUCAGGAGAAAAGUAUAAUAACUAUUUAUGCUGGCUGUGGUACUUUGUAACACGACUGCUUGUAUUCAUGGUAGCUGAUUUGCUUGACCUUUACCAGCUGUGGUGAAAUCUAACUCAGUUUAGAUUAGGUACCACUUUUUGUCUAGACUAUGGGAAAAAUCAGUUCUAGAAGCAUAGAUAUUCACACCAGUAAAUGUCACAGACUAAUAAAAAUCUGAAUACCCGUA